CCUCACGGCGGGGCGGGCGUGAGGGGGGGAUGUCAUUGCCGCCCCGCGCCGCCGAGCCUUCUCCGUUCUCCGCUGCUUCUCUGGCGCCCUCGUCCCGUCGGCUUUCGCCGCCGCCGCCUCAGCCGCACGGGGGACACGGAUGGCUAGUGGGGCGCGGGGGCCUUCUGGGUUGAGAGAGCGGCGGUCGCGGACGUUGCUGAGGCGGAGACUCCCCGUCGCCGCCGCCGCUGCCUCCUCCACCCCCUGUGUCCCGGCCUCGAGGCGCUGAGGGCGGGAGCGCGCCCAGCUCUUCCUCCGCCUCCCUCUUCUUCCUCCUCCUCCUCCUCGUCCUCCUCCUUCUCCGGGUCCCCGCCCAGCACCCCUCGCUCCAGGCGGCGGCGGCAGCGGCGGCGGCGGCCGCGGAGGACAAGCGAGACCCGCCGCCGGGGCACAACAUGGCGGAGCCCUCGGCCCCGGAGAGCAAGCACAAGUCGUCCCUCAACUCGUCCCCGUGGAGCGGCCUCAUGGCUCUGGGAAACAGCCGGCACAGUCACCACGGGCCCGGGGCCCAGAGCUCGUCCAAGGCGGCGGGCGGCGCGGCGGCUCCGAAGCCGGGGCCCCCCGCGGGGCUGUCCGGGGGUUUGUCGCAGCCGGCCGGCUGGCAGUCGCUGCUCUCAUUCACCAUCCUCUUCCUGGCCUGGCUGGCCGGCUUCAGCUCGCGCCUGUUCGCAGUCAUCCGCUUCGAGAGCAUCAUCCACGAGUUCGACCCGUGGUUUAACUAUAGAUCAACACAUCAUCUUGCCUCUCAUGGGUUCUAUGAAUUUUUAAAUUGGUUUGAUGAAAGAGCAUGGUAUCCACUAGGAAGAAUAGUAGGUGGUACUGUUUACCCAGGGUUGAUGAUAACAGCUGGCCUUAUCCAUUGGAUUUUAAAUACAUUGAACAUAACAGUUCAUAUAAGAGAUGUAUGUGUGUUCCUUGCACCAACUUUUAGCGGCCUUACAUCUAUAUCUACGUUUCUGCUAACUAGAGAGCUUUGGAACCAAGGAGCAGGACUUUUAGCUGCUUGUUUUAUUGCUAUUGUACCAGGGUACAUAUCUCGGUCAGUAGCUGGAUCCUUUGAUAAUGAAGGCAUUGCUAUUUUUGCACUGCAGUUCACAUACUACUUGUGGGUAAAAUCCGUGAAAACGGGGUCAGUGUUUUGGACAAUGUGCUGCUGCCUGUCAUAUUUCUACAUGGUCUCUGCUUGGGGCGGGUAUGUGUUUAUCAUCAACCUUAUCCCGCUGCAUGUGUUUGUGCUGCUACUAAUGCAGAGGUACAGCAAAAGAGUCUACAUAGCAUAUAGCACUUUCUACAUUGUGGGUUUAAUAUUAUCCAUGCAGAUACCUUUUGUGGGAUUCCAGCCAAUCAGAACAAGUGAGCACAUGGCAGCUGCAGGUGUCUUUGCAUUGCUGCAAGCUUACGCUUUUUUGCAGUAUCUAAGAGAUCGGUUAACAAAGCAAGAGUUCCAGACCCUUUUCUUUUUGGGUGUCUCACUUGCUGCAGGUGCCGUGUUUCUUAGUGUCAUCUAUUUGACUUACACAGGUUACAUUGCACCGUGGAGUGGCAGGUUUUAUUCAUUAUGGGAUACUGGGUAUGCAAAAAUACAUAUUCCAAUUAUUGCAUCAGUGUCUGAGCAUCAGCCUACGACUUGGGUAUCUUUCUUCUUUGAUCUACAUAUUCUUGUAUGUACCUUCCCAGCGGGCCUAUGGUUCUGCAUCAAAAAUAUCAAUGAUGAAAGAGUAUUUGUUGCUCUGUAUGCAAUCAGUGCUGUCUACUUUGCUGGAGUGAUGGUGCGGCUAAUGCUGACUCUGACUCCAGUUGUCUGUAUGCUGUCGGCAAUUGCCUUCUCCAAUGUUUUUGAGCACUAUUUGGGAGAUGACAUGAAGAGAGAAAAUCCACCUGUGGAGGACAGCAGUGAUGAGGAUGACAAAAGAAACCCAGGAAAUUUGUAUGAUAAGGCAGGUAAAGUGAGAAAACAUGUAACAGAGCAGGAAAAACCUGAAGAGGGCUUAGGCCCUAACAUCAAAAGCAUCGUAACCAUGCUGAUGCUGAUGCUUCUGAUGAUGUUUGCUGUCCACUGCACAUGGGUCACUAGCAAUGCCUACUCUAGUCCAAGUGUGGUCCUUGCCUCCUACAAUCAUGAUGGCACCAGGAAUAUCUUAGAUGAUUUUAGAGAAGCAUACUUUUGGCUAAGGCAAAAUACCGAUGAACAUGCCCGGGUGAUGUCUUGGUGGGAUUAUGGCUAUCAGAUAGCUGGAAUGGCCAAUAGAACUACGCUGGUGGAUAAUAACACCUGGAAUAACAGCCACAUAGCGCUGGUAGGAAAAGCUAUGUCUUCUAAUGAAACAGCAGCCUAUAAAAUCAUGAGGACUCUGGAUGUAGAUUAUGUUCUGGUUAUUUUUGGAGGGGUUAUUGGCUAUUCUGGUGAUGAUAUCAACAAGUUUCUCUGGAUGGUUAGGAUAGCUGAAGGGGAACAUCCAAAAGAUAUUCGGGAAGGUGACUAUUUUACCCAACAGGGAGAAUUCCGUGUAGACAAAGCUGGAUCUCCUACUUUGUUGAAUUGCCUUAUGUAUAAAAUGUCGUACUACAGAUUUGGAGAAAUGCAGCUAGAUUUUCGUACACCCCCAGGCUUUGAUCGAACACGUAAUGCCGAAAUUGGAAAUAAGGACAUUAAAUUCAAGCAUUUGGAGGAGGCCUUUACAUCAGAACACUGGCUUGUCAGGAUAUAUAAAGUGAAAGCACCCGACAACAGGGAGACAUUAGAUCAUAAGCCUCGAGUGACCAACAUCUUCCCCAAACAGAAGUAUUUGUCAAAGAAGACUACCAAAAGGAAGCGUGGCUACAUUAAAAAUAAGCUAGUUUUUAAGAAAGGCAAGAAAAUAUCUAAGAAGACUGUUUAGACACAGGCUCCUGAUUUGCAGCUGUUGUCCUUGUGAGAGCCGGUCUUUGCCUUCAGCUCAUGUCGUGUUUCACAGCACCAAGGGUACAGAACCAUCACUGGUCCAGGUUAAUGUACAAAAUUUUCUGGCAAUGCCUCAUUUAAAAAUUAAAUUGGUUUAUUGAGAACAGCUGUUUUCGAUUUGUAACGUGAAGCAAGACAGAGCCCUGCUGUGAACGCCUAGCAGCAGAUUUUUUUAUUGGUACAUAUUAUCCUUCAAAUCUGAGAAUUUGGACUAACUGCACCAAAGAACCCUCUGAUUUGGUCCCUGGCACAUGCAUAUUUGUCCAUGUUUUUAUUCUUUUACAAGACCUGCAUUUUGUUUGAAUUACCCAAAUAGCAAUAUGUAAAAUACAAGUGGCAAAUGUGACAAGAACUUCUUGAACCAGUACACAAACUAGUCCAGGUCUGAGAAAGAGGUAUUAGCAGAGUGAUUCUACUUCCGUGAACUCUAUUUAUUUUUCCUGUUUCUCCAGUGCGAAGAAUGUUUCAUCAAAUGCACACUUUGUCUUACUGUCGCUGUAAGAAACUGCUGUUGAAGGUGGACCUCUGCAUAGGUAACUGGCUAGAGUUUGUGCUGACGCAUUAGUACUGCAGUUGGCGAGUGUUUCCACCAGGUACUUGCAGAGCAGGUUUCAUACAUUCUUCAUUCAAGGGCUAAAUUUAUAUCCUUUGGGAAUCAUGGCGGCCACACACGGAAUGCUGCUCAUCAGGAUGGCUUGGGUACCUUAGUACUGAGGUUAGCGCCAUGUUUACAUGCAGAAGAUGAAGGGAAAACCCUUAAAGUGGACAGGUAUCCAAAGUUAAUUUUCUGUGACCCUUCAAAAUGACAAAGGAUUUGUAAACUUUGCCUGGAUUUUUCUCCUUUGACACCUAUUGUUCAUCACAAUGAUUUCUGUUCUCUGCUCCUUAGGCAUUUGAUGAAACACUCUAGUGCUAUGUAGGCAUUUUCUUACUUUUAUUACAAAUGUGACAAUUGUCAAAAAAAAUGCACUAAAAUAUAAAUGGAGAUUGAACAUGUUCAUUUUCCAGCUUAUAAGCAACUUUAUACAGACUUGAAAAUUUUCUCCAGUUGUUUAGUAAAAGUGAAAGAGAAAGGGUUUUUCCUGCCACAGGAGAACUUUUUUUAUAUAACAAGCAUAACACACCACUGCUUUUGGUGGGAAAGUACAGAAUAGUAUGUACCUUUUAUGAAGAAAAAUGUAAUUUCCAAUGUUCAGUGAGAAUGUUACUGCUGAUAUCCUUUUUCAAGGUGUAGAAUAUUCUUUGAUUUGUAGAAUUCAUUUUUGACCCAGAUGAUGGUUCUUUUACAGACCAAUAAAGUGGCUGAACAUUUUCACAAAUAAAACAUAACUAAAUCUGGAUUUCCGACACCUUGUCAUUUGAGGGAUUUUAUUUUACUUUGUUGCUUUACACUUCAAUGCAGAGAAGUUGUUGACCUUAGGGGAAAUAAAGUUAAUUCAAAUUUU